AAACAACAAGGGGAGAUUGAGAGGGAAAUGACGGCUGCGAAUACGACCAACAACGGGCAAGGCAACAACGCCGGCAGCCUUCCGGCCAUCCCUCCAACAAAGCAAACGGUUCCAUCUUCUAAGUCCGUCGAUACCCAAUCUGUUCUCAAAAGGCUGCAAUCAGAACUAAUGGCUCUGAUGAUGAGCGGUGAGUCUGGAGUAUCAGCAUUCCCAGAGGAAGACAACAUAUUUUGCUGGAAAGGGACAAUUACAGGCAGUAAUGUAAAGACACAGUUUUUAAAGGAACAGAAUAUAAGCUCUCUCUGACCUUCCCUAAUGAGUAUCCAUUUAAAUCACCCAAAGUUAAAUUUGAGACAGCUUGUUUUCAUCCAAAACGUGGAUGUAUAUGGGAACAUAUGCUUGGAUAUCUUUCAGGACAAAUGGUCGUCUGCUUACGAUGUAAGGACUAUACUACUCUCCAUUCAGAGUUUGCUUGGAGAGCCAAAUAUAAGUUCUCCGCUAAACACUCAGGCGGCAGCAUUGUGGGGCAAUCAAGAAGAAUACAGAAAGAUGGUUGAGAAGCUAUACAAGCCAAAUACCGUGUAGACCUGACAA